AUGGAGCAUCUUAUUCCUGAUGACCCUGCGGGCCUCUACCAACCCCUUCUCUGUCCCAACUGCCACAAGCAUUUGCCGGGAUCCCAGGAAAAAGGCUACCUCUGCGAUUCAUCGAUGAACUGGUUCCUGCCACAGGGGACCAAAUUCUGCAUCGGCUGGGUCCCAGCACCCAAGAAACUCAUGUUCGUCGAAGCCGCCCUCGGCAAUUGCGCGGGACGAUGCAAGGCCCGGCUAACGGACACAGAGCGCAAGAACCACACCAUUGUCUGCAGCUUCUGCGUUCGGAGGUACGAGCCUGUGGUGAGAAGUCUCAUCCGCCUCGCCUCGGAGAGGAAGACCGCCAGGGCCGUGCCCGUGAGCAGAGGCAAGGGGGCCGCGGUCGCUGAAGCCAAGUGCGGGAACCCGCAGUGCAACAAUGUCGUCCCCGAGGAAGAGCUGUAUUCCUUUCCAAACGAGUACCAGCAUGACCUGGCUGAGAUCUGCCCGGCGUGCUUCGUCACAGCGACCUUGGUUCUACUUGAGGCAUCUAGCCACUAA